AUGGCUUGCAAUACUAGUCUGAAAGAGUUAUUACCCAUCUAUUUCCUGCGAAAGGAAAAUGAAGACAAUAAUAAUAGCCAUCUUGAAUUUCAGGUCGACGCACUACUAAAGAGCUUUUUGGAAGAUAUCCAUGUACAAGAAGAGCAAUUUGUACAAGCGUGCAGCUCACCAUUGGCACAAGCUAAUAUACCAAAGGAGAUGCUUCGACAAAUCUGGGCUGCUGAUAAUUACGAAAUAUUUAAGCAAAUAAUGGUACAAAAAAAUAUUGAAUUACAAGUUCAAGCACUGCGAUUAAUGCAACAACGUUUCGGACUUGGUCCACCUAUAGCUUCUGACAAUUUACCUGCAUCAACUACCGAAGCUGCUUCUAGUCCAUAUGAUCCUGAAGAAGAUGUUAAUGAGGAAGAAGUAUUACUACGCCAAGUAAUUCGUUUAUCAUUAGAUGAAUUUAGAAGAUCGGAAUCGGAAGACUACUCUACCGAAUUAGACGAUGCCAUUAAAUCAUCUAGGAAAGAAAGUGAAAGACUGCUUGAAGAAGCACGCCGAGAACAAGAAGAGUUAGAGAAAGCUUUAUUACUGUCAAUGAAAAAUUUUGUUAAUGAAGAUUCAUCAGACUCGAAUGCUUCCAAAAAAUUGCCUGGAUUGAAUACUUCGCCGGCUAAAGUUAAACCAAGCAGUAAAGCUAUUCCUCAAAUUGUUAAUACGGCUUCAGAUUUGAGCCCAAUCGACACUAAAUCUCUUCCAAAACUGCAAGUAGGAAAAGCAACUGAACCAGAUCGAAAUACGGAUGCCGGUGCACAAUGGUUAGCUAAUGCUAAAGCUGAAGCCCAAUCUAUGGAUAAAAAUAAGGACACCAUCGCCGGUAGCGAUGAUGGUGAUGACAUUGGUAAGCGUCGUGAUUAUUUCGCUCUUCAAAGAGAUCGAUUAGUCGCUAAAAAGAAAGCUGAAAGAGAGAAAAAAUUAGAUGAAUUUACUAAAGACAGUAAUGGAGGACAAGCGACACGACCUAAAUCAGCGCGGGUUGCACGCCAAGCUAUUUCUACUGGGAAAGUUACACAAAAUCAAGCAGCUAGCAAUUCGAGUGUCAACAAGGAUAAUAACUUAGCUAUGCGCGUUGCUCUAGCACAACGUUUGAAGAAAGAAGUCAUUGAUAAAUCUUCUACCCAAUAG